GGCGGGGCGGGAUGUGGGCGCUGGGGCCGCGCGCGCUGCGGGCCGGGCUGGCGCUGCUGGGCCUGGCGCUGCUGGCCCAGGGGCUGCGGAGCUGGGUCGCCUCCCGCCCCUUCGAGUUCCGGCCCGAGGAGAUCGCGGAGCUCGGCCGGAUCCAGGCGGGCUUGGACCAUGAGCAGGCCUUCUCCAAGAUCAUCGUGGAGCUGCGGAAGAAGCACCCAGGCCACAUCCUGCCGGACGAGGACCUGCAGUGGGUGUUUGUCAACGCAGGCGGGUGGAUGGGCUCCAUGUGCCUGCUCCACGCCUCGCUCACCGAGUACGUGCUGCUCUUCGGGACGGCUGUUGACACCGGGGGGCACUCGGGUCGGUACUGGGCUGACAUUUACUACGCCAUCAUCUCAGGGACCUUCAGGCAGUGGAAGGAGGGGACAACCAGAAGUGAAAUCUAUUACCCAGGGGACACCAUAGUGCAGAAAUCCGGAGAGGCCACGGCUGUCCAGUGGAGCGCCGGCACCUGGAUGGUGGAGUACGGCCAUGGCUUCAUCCCCCCCUCGCUCGUGUUUGUGUUGGCCGACACCAUCUUCAGCACUCAGGACGUUGUCACCUUCUUCUACACCCUCCGGAUUUGUGCCAAAGCCUUGCUCCUGGAAGCCAGUACCUACUUCAGCCACCUGGCCCAGUGAGACCACCCUCCGCAAGCACCAACACAACCUCAAAGGAAGGGAUUCCCCUUUCCCAUCCCCCACCACCUCCUGCCAAUUGUACUGGAAAGGCAGUGGGCAAGAGAACCUCUGUCCCCAUGUGCAGGCGUGCCAGGUGGGCUGACCGUUCGCCGUAUCCGCCUGCCGCAGCGAGCACUCAGCCGGGGGAGAAACCGGCAAUAACAGAUAAUGGAUAAACGUAGAUCACUAUUUUUUUAAUAUCCAAAUGUUCCUCUAUAUUUCUGUAACUAGACUGCAGCCACUGAGCUGCCACGUGCGUGCAUUUGUGUGUGUGUGUGUGUGUGUGUGUGUGUCCCCGUGCCCUCGGUCGGCAGCAGGCAACGCUAGCCUGCGUGUGCGUGAGAGAGACCCGUGGCUCUGCAGCCAGAUGCCCUCUGUUGCCGUCUCUCGUGUUCUCUGAAAGCCGGGGGCCUAUGAAAAACCAGUCGGGGGGAGGGGGAUGUGCGCUAUGGAUUGUUGUCUGCAUACACACUCUGCGCAUGAUCGAAACCAUUCCCAGCAGGGGUAUACCUAGCAUAAGACCAACUGCUGAGCUCAUGUGUCCCCAGAUGAACCAGGAGUAACUGCAGUGGAGUAAUUGGGGUUCAGCUAGUUACUGAAGACUGUGGGGCAGGAAAGCAGCUGUUCCAAACCUGUGGGCUGCUUUCCCCGUAGGUCCUCACAGCUGUUACUCCUGGGGAAAUUUUGCACCACUGCGCGUGCGCAGAAACACGUCCCCCUGCAGCUUCUCUUCGCUUUGCCGCAGAAAAAUGUUUUUUGUGGGGAAGCAAAAAGAAGUUGUACCAGCGCUCACUCACCACUCCCCAGCAGCGUGGGUGCAUGUGUUCAGGCACCCAGAGCAACCGGGAGAGAGGUAAGUCACCGUGGGGCAAGGGGGAGUCUGGGGAUGCCCUGGCCACCCAGGGACAUUAGUCCUGUUUGGGGGGGGAUGGGAGGGAGGAGGAAAAAUCAAACUGAAAGCAGCCCUUUAAGCUUUCUUUAGCAGUGUGCUCGUGCACAGAGAAGAGGAUUGGAUGACCAAAAGUCAAUCACGCUCUCUGUCGGAAAAUUUAAAAACAAAAAAAGAGGGAGCCCCACCCCUGGGAAAGCCCCAAAACAAGCAGCAAGUGAAGUAUAGACACAAUAGCCUAAUAGAACAAAUACCCCAAGAAAGAAGCCAAAAUCUGCUCCCUGUGAGCGGGUUUGGCAACUGGAGGUGUGGCUUGGGGGAGGGGGGUCCAGCUUUGUGGGAGCUGGGCAGAUGGGGAGCAGCUCCCUAUACAGGGACCCCUCCCCCCACUUACUGGCCCCAUGGCUCCUCAGCCACGAGGAGAGGGAUCACUAUAGGGGGAGCUCCUCUCUCUGUCUGCCCAACACCCUGUGUAUCUGGACCCCCUGCCAAGCCUUACCCAUGCUGCACCUGGAAACCCCUCCUGCAUCAGGAGCCCACCCACUCCCCCAGAGCCUCACCCCCUGCAGUGGGAGCUCCACACAGCUAGACCCCCCCACCCCACUGAUCUCAACCAGCUGCAUCCUGAUCCCCACACUCCCCCAGCACCCAGGUUCCCCUCUCCCGCUGAGCCCUAACCAGCCGGAGAGUGCUAUUCACCCAGAACCCCCCAGUGACUUGCUGUGUAUCUAGAUCCUUCCUCUCCCCUCCCCCCCCCCCCCGAGAUUGCACCACACAGAACCUUGGUGGGGAAAUUCUGCACCAAAAAAAUAAAAAAAAUUCUGCAUAUUUUAUUUGUCAAAAUAACUACUGCUGGGGGAAUUCUGCACCACUGCGUGUGCGCAGAACCAUCCCCUGGCAGCGUCUCUGCUGCCUGCAAAACAAUGGUUUCUGUGGGGAAGCAAAAAGCAGCUGUACCAGCGCGCUCUCCCCCUCAGCAAUGCAGGCGCCUCUGUUCGGGUAGCCGGGGGAGAGGUGGUCUGGGGAUGUCCUGGCUGCCCAGGGCCGUUAGUCCUGGGUGGGCAGGGGAGAGGAGGACGAUGACAACAGAGUCAGAGCUCCCCCUUCCUCUCCCCUGCACGAAGCAACCAGAGCUGGGUCAGAAACCCCCCAGCUGCAGGAAGCUCUGCACCGUGGGGGGGGGGGGGGGUCUGGGUGCAGGGGGUGAGGGCUCAGUGCUUUGGGAGUUCCAGGUGCUGGGGGGGUGUUUGAGUGCGGGGGGUCCAGACAUAGGUGCUGACUUUUAUCUACCCUCGAUCUGCCUCUUUCUGCCCCAUUCCAUCCCAUCCCCAAGGCCCCCACCCACCCAGCUCUCACUGCACUCCCUGAGCCACCAAUCAGUGGUGUAGUGGCGCUGCCAAUCUGAGCACCCAUUGUAACUUUUCUGUGGGUGCUCCACAGAAUCAGUGCCUAUGCAUCUGGAUACACAAGUGUUGGGAGGACAUGGAGAGCAGCUCCCUGGACAGUGACCUCCUCCUCCCACUUCAUGCCCCCGUUGCUCCUCAGCCACAGGGGAAAGGGUCACCGUCCGCCCAAUUCCUGUGCACCUGGACGCCUUCCCCCACUGAACCUCACCCUCCCUGCUCCCAGAAACCCCCCACCAAGCUGAGCUUCAUCCCCUCCAUCAGGAGCCCCCCACCAAACCCCCGAUACCCAAAUCCACACACCCCUGAGCUUCAGCAGCCCACCCCACUGACCCCAAAACGCUGCACCCUGACCCCAACCCCACCAAGCCCCACUUCCCUACCAUCCAGUCCUCGCUGAGCCCCCCACAUUCCCCCACUGAGCUCUAACCACCUUCACCUGGACUCGCCUGCAGAGUCCCAUUCCCCCUGCACUCAGAACCCCCCAAUGAGCCCCUGUGCAUCCAGAUCCCCGCCAGGCCUCCCACCCAGCUGUCCGCACCCAGAUUGUACCCCACAGAACACUGGUGUUCUUGAGAGAAUUCUGCACCAAAAGUAAAAAAUUCUGUGCCUACAAAUGUUAAAAUUCUGCAUAUUUUAUUUGUGAAAAUUACACAGUAACAGUAUAAUCACACCAAUACUUGCUGACAAGUAUUUUGAAAUAAAUUAUCAAAACAAUUGAAAAUGGUGUGAUUAUAUUGUGUUAUUUUGACAAAUAAAAUAUGCAGAGUUUUGCAGAAUUUUUAAUUUUUUGGCACAGCAUUCCCUCAGGAGUAUUGUACAAACCUUUGGUCUCUUACUACAAAGGGGUGGCCCCUGGAAACUACAGGUCCCAGCAUGCAAUGCAAGCAAUCUAAGAUGCAGUGUUAUAUGCUGGGGCCUGCAGGUUGCCUAGGGAUGGGCUACCUGCCUGGCUACAUCUGCAACAGCUUCCCCCCUGUUAAAUUGUCCAGGGGCCAAAUGCUGGUCACUUGCUUUUGGCAGCCAAGUUUACAGCCUCUUUAGCCCUUCAGUAAUGUCAAACGAGCAUCACCACGAGAGCCAGCCGGCUCCAGAGCAUGUGUCUCGUUCCUGGUCCUUGGACAGUCAUCGCAGCUCGGUACAUGUACGGCCUGGAAUCGGUCACUCUUAUUUUUAUCAGUGUCAAGAAUAAACAUGCUCAUCUGGCUUAA